GGUAAAGCUGAUUAGGCGCGCAUCGUGACGACAUCUACGUAACUCUCACUACACUAUAGAAACUCUGUGACAGACAGCAGCCCUGCCCUCACUCGUUUCUUCAACCGUCAGACAUAAAGCGACAUAAUGGGAUCCUGCGCAAAACACAUAGCAGACAAAAUCGUUGACCAGCGCUCUAUUACCGAAUCUGGUUCUUGCAACUGAGCGCCUUUUCUACUCCGCAUUCUGACUACAUAUUUACAAAAGCUGAGCACCUUUCCAAAGCUUCUUUCUGUUCUAAGGGGAUGGGGGAAUGAUCAACCCCGACUCCCCAUCUCCAGCUCAGUUGUAUCAGUUGUAAGAGCGCUUUGCAGUAUGCCAUCCCCGAGAAGAGGUGUCGAUCACCGACAGAGAACCGCCGCCACGCUUCUAACCCAGGUUGCUGUCUUUGCAACCUUCGUUGCUAUGAGCGCAUGCAUGGCAGGGUCUUCUUCAGUAUGCCCGCGGAGCUUAGACUGUGCCCGAGCAGGGCGUCAUUUCUGCCAGCCGGGCAGCUCACACUGCGGCCCCUGCCUCAACCCGCUGGUAGAGAACUCACAUGGCAGAUGCAUAGUGAAGAGGAGACACGCUCACGCCCCCCAUUUUGCGGGAAAAGUGACCACGUUCCCUGAAGUGGAUGAGGAGAUAGACUUCCUGUCCACCAUCAUCAGCCAACGGAAGGAGUCGGGGGUCAAACAUCCAGCUCCUCUCUCUCAGGAGGAAGAUGACCGAUCCAUGAUCCUCACCCAACGGCCUACCACAGAGCACCCUACGACACACAGUACCACUACAGCCCCGUAUAACACGACUACAGCCGCCCCCACCACCACCCACAUCCCAGCAGUUCGUAGUGGGCCCCUGAUCAUCCCUUACCCCUCCAACGAUCAUGUGUUUAUUGUCAUGACCAGUGUGUUUGUGGUCAUGGGAUCUGUGGCCUUGCUCUUGGCUGGUGUCUGUUGGAUCAGGUUGCAGAAAGGUGUGCGCCUAGCUCAGAAGGCAGACUACCCUGCUUAUGGGGGUACGGGGCCCCAUUCCUAUGACAACAAUGUGCCUGGGGAUAAGAGGUUGGCUCAGAGUGCGCAGAUGUACCACUACCAACACCAGAAACAGCAGAUGCUCUCCCUGGAGAAACAACGGGAUGAGCCAAAGGUGCCUGACUCUGUGGCCACGUCAGAUGAGGAGAAUGAGGACGGGGAUUUCACGGUGUACGAGUGUCCUGGAUUGGCCCCAACGGGGGAAAUGGAGGUGAAGAAUCCUUUGUUUGAUGAUUCCACCCUUCAGCGGAGCCACAAGUAACCCUGACCACCCUGGACAUUCUGAUAUGCACCUAUAAAAGAUGUCAUCCUACACGUACAGGAAGAUCAAAUCACACUUAAUUACUCAAACAUCUACAAAUACACAUCGGGUUUCUCUAUACCUAGCCUGUCUCACACGAUACACUCCUAACACGGUAGGGCGGCAGGUUUGUAAGGAGAGAAGGAAUGAGCGGAGGUUGUGAGAAAGACGGACUUGAAAAGGAGGAGGAAGAGAAGCGGUGGACUGUAUGGACAUUGUGUCUGAAUGGCAGAUUGAAGUGGCAUGCAGGUGAAUCUCCUUUUGGAUCGGACUGAUAUCUCUCGCACUUAGAAAACCUACACGACGUUGUACCUUUCCGUCUGGCCUAAAAUAUCCAUUCCUUCGUAUUUUGUUAUGUUUAUCUUAUCUCUGGUGUAAUUGAUCCUGUAAAAUUCUCUCUGUUUUUUUUCUGUCAAACAUGUGCACACAUCAACCAACAAACUGACUGAGAGAUUAUGUGUAUGAUGAUGGAUAACAUUCUCCGAGUACUGCUCUCCCCUUCAGUCCUUUGCGCUGUCUCACCCCUGUACAGAGGAACUUCUGGGUCGUAUUCACUAGAAAUCAAACAGAAGAAAAUUGACAAAGGGACUAUACAUGAACUUUUCCAACAAGAAAUGCUGUUUUCUUUUUCCAUUGCAAAAUGUAUCGCUACAGUGUGCGCUAAUGAAUACAACCCUGCUUCAUACGACAGAUACCCACAGACAGCUUCAAGGAGAACAGUGAACUACAGUGGGAAAAUAAAGAUGUGUUAUGGGCCUAUAGGUAGCUGUAGACUUGAAAACUGGUCUUAGAAAUAAUUAUGGAACUGCAGAUGUUAGUUCAAGCCUUUAGAAACGAAGAAUGGUUGGCAUAGUACAAUUAUAAGGCUGUCAAUGCUAAUCAUUGGCCAGACUAAAUGGCUGCAUUACAAAAGUCACCUCAUUCCCUACAUACACACAUUUAUAUAUAUAGGGAAUAAAGUUCCAUUAAUUAUGCAUCUUAAAUAUCUGAAACUCAUCAUUGACUUUCUAAUAAUUUAACUUUAAAAAAUAAAUAAUUUGUAUUUUAUUUUACUGUUUCAUGUACACAUGCAGUGCAUACGGUAAACCUGACCUGUUAAAGCUCUCUUAUAUAGCCAUUAUAUUAUCAUUAUAUAUGGUCCCUCUAUGCAUGACUUGAUGACACUGGGUUCUGCUGAAAAGGGAUAAAAGUCUAUAUGCAUUUAUGAUUGUUAUUCAAGUUUCCUGUGUAAACUUGCUUCUGAUAUCUAGAUAACGUGAAUGAUUUCAAAGGAAUUUGGUUCCUCUUUUACAGAACUCUGAAACAGAGCAACCCCAUCGUGUACACAUAUUUGUCCCCAUGAUUUGUGAUGACGUUCAUGUAAAUAGCCACUGACGUGUACUGUACAGAGAUGGCCAACUGUCACUAAUGAUGUAUUUGUACACAUUAUUAGUCUAUAUUUCUGAUUGCUGUGUCAAAUGAACCACCGUUUGCUUUAGCCUAAUGUGAGACCCAAAUUGCACCCCAAUCUUUUGUAUCGUGCGUUUACUUUUUAUGAAAGCCCGAUAGGGCCUGGUCAAAAGGGUCGCACUAUAGGGGAAAGGGUGCUCUUUGGAGCACACGAGUCUUUUCAGAAGUUGCCUAUUGCCGUUGUCUCUCAGGAAUGCCGAUGUCAUUAGCUCUUCUAUGUACUUAACCAUUUCUCUUACUCUCUGCCUCAACUCUCAUACUGAAUGAAAAGGUAGUCCGACACGUACUGUAACAUGAAUGAUUUGUGGAUGCAGUUUUAUUUUAUUUGCCCAGUUAGGCUUCAAGAACAAUGUAUGUGAGAUAGAAAGAGGAUACUCUUAGAAUGGACCCGUCCGUUGAUGUAGGCCUAGAUGACUCGUGAAGAUGCUGAACAUCAAACCUUGACUGUUUUACCACAUACCUAGAGGUAACUGUCAAAAUAAAGAGAACCCCCAAUGCAAAGUGUCUUAAUUGGAAGUGUUGCCACCACGAGCCUCCAGAACGGCUUCAAUGCACUUUGGCAUAGGUUCUACAAGUGUCUGGACCUCUUUUGGAGGGCUGUGACACCAUUCUUCCACAAUAAAUUCCAGAAUAGGAAUUUUGUUGAUGGUGGUAGAAAACGCUGUCUCAAGCACUGCACCAGAAUCUCCCAUAAGUGUUCAAUUUGGUUGAGAUCUGGUGACAGAGAGACACACACACACACACCAGCUUUAAACCCCCUAUGCUCUUUCAAUGUCACAGAUUUCUGAUUCUAGACAUUGUAGCCAAAAUAAUGACCAACUUGACAUUUUUAUACAUGACCCAAAACAUGAUGGGAUGUUAACUGCUUAAAGCCCAGUGCAGUCAAAUGUUUUAUAUAUACACUGAAUGCACAAAACAUUAGGAACACAUUCCUAAUAUUGAAUUGCACCCAUUUUUGCCCUCCGAACUGCCUCAAUUCGACAGGUCAUGGACUCUACAAGGUGUUGAAAGUGUUCCACAGGGAUGCUGGCCCAUGUUGACUCCAAUGCUUCCCACAGUUGUGUCAAGUUCGCUGGAUGUCCUUUGGGUGGUGGACCAUUUUUGAUACACACAGGAAACUGCAGUUCUUGACACUCAAACCGGUGUGCCUGGAACCUGCUACCAGUUCAAAGGCACUUAAAUAUUUUUUCUUGCCCAUUCAGCCUCUGAAUGGCACACAUACUCAAUUGUCUCAAGGCUUAAAAAGCAUUCUUUAACCUGUCUCCUCCCCCUUCAUCUUCACUGUUUGAAGUGGAUUUUAACAGGGGACAUCAAUAAGAGUUCAUACCUUUCACCUGGAUUCACCUGGUCAGUCUGUCAUCGAUUUCCACACUGAGGUUAGAAUAACACUAAAAUUGUGAAAAUGAUCAUUCCCUUUUAGUGUAAGAGCUGCCUGAAAUGUUCAGCCUACUGUAGUUUUGGCCUGCCUGGAGUUCCAAACCUCUGCCAAUAACAGCUAGUUUUCAGUUUUCCCCUCCUCACUCAGACCAAUCCCAGACAGUCCUAGCAAAAUUCUUGUUUGAGAAGUUGUUCUUUGCUAAGAAGCUAUGUUUGUUUAUUUUUGAUCAUUUUAAUUGAACACAAUCACAGUAAGGCACUUAAUUGUUACCCAGAAAUGAUUUAAUAUUGAGAGAAGCAUCUGUUUUGUACCUUUAAGGAACCACACCUGUGUGGAAGCACCUGCCUUCAAUAUACAGUACUUGUAUCCCUCAUUUACUCAAGUGUCUCCUUUAUUUUGGCAGUUACCUGUACAUCAAUACUGUCCCCUAGGCCCUAUGGUUGCAAAAUGCUGAUAACCUAACCAAAAUUCCUAGGUUUUCCAUAAAUCUUUGUUGAAGGAUUUGACAUUUUGCUCUUUGCUUGCUUUCACGAAUGUGGAUGGUUAAGAAUCUCCAGGAGUGACUAGUGACUACCCUUUUUUUACAGUAAACCACCCUCCCGGACUAGAGGGUAAUUAACACACCAACCCUGAGAGACGAACAACCUCUUUUACUACUACUGGGAUUGUUGAACAUGAUGCAUGAAGACAUAUCAGAAAAAUGUAAUAAUAUAAAUAUUUGAUCUUAACUGCGA